AUGAUGCAAUCUAUAUCCCGCUUCUUCUAUGGGCCAGGCAAAGAGGAGCGCGUGAGAGAAGUACAACGUCGGCUCCGACAAGAGCAGCGAUCCCUGGAUCGAGAAAUUCGGCAAAUCGAUCAGGCCGUGAUGAAGGUCAAGGCCGACGUGAAGCGACUUGCACGAAAAGGGGACGUGCGCAAUGCCACGGUUCUUGCCAAAGAAGUUGUGCGCUCAACCAAACACAGGACACGACUCGUCACCAGUAAGUCGCAACUGAACAGUAUAUCACUGCAAUUACAACAACAACUAUGUACGUAUCCAGGUGCAUGUGCGCGCAAAUAA